GCAGCUCGAGCAGAGGAGGAGGAGAGACUGACGGACUGGCAGGAAUUCCACAGCGCUCCUCAAAUUUCUUGAAAUCACGGACCUUCUGCUCGACCGCGUCCCGACGAACAUCCAGACCUUUUCUCGGAGCAGAUUUCCGCUUUUCCCACAAAGAUGUUGCGAAGUGUCGCUGUGCUCCUUCUGCUGGCCGUGGCUCUCUCUAAUGCGGAGGAGCUGCAGAGCAAAAGCAAAGUGUGUGCCAAUGUGUUCUGUGGGGCCGGCAGAGAGUGUGCUGUCAAUGAGAAGGGGGAGCCCAGCUGUCUGUGCAUAGAGAGCUGUAAACCCCACAAGAGGUCAGUGUGUGGCAGCAAUGGCAAGACCUACAGGAAUCACUGUGAGCUGCACAGAGAUGCUUGUCUGACCGGCUUGAAGAUCCAAGUGGCCCACGACGGACACUGCCAGGAGAAGAAAGCAGAGCAGGCCGCUGCCAGUCCAGUUGUGUGCUACGCCGCUGACCGCAAUGAACUCAGGAGUCGCGUGAUCCAGUGGCUGCAAACUGAGGUUGUCCCAGAUGGCUGGUUUGUCAAGGGGUCCAACUUCUCUGACAUCCUGCUCAGAUACUUCAAGUCGUACGACAAUGGUGAUUCUCAGCUGGACUCCUCUGAGCUGCUCAAAUUCAUCCAGCACAAUGAUUCGGUUGUGGAGUUGCAGUCCUACGCAGACCAGGAGAGCAACAAGCUGCUUAGGAGCCUGUGUGUUGAUGCCCUCAUUGAGCUCUCUGAUGAGAACGCUGACUGGAAGCUGAGCUUUGAUGAAUUCCUGAACUGCUUGAAGCCUGGCUUCAAUCCACCAGAGAAGAAAUGUGCCUUGGAGGAUGAAACGUACGAGGACGGAGCAGAGACCCAGGUUGAGUGUAACCGCUGCGUCUGUGCAUGCGGUAACUGGGUAUGCACUGCCAUGACCUGCACUGACAAACAGGCGACUGCGGAUGAGUCAGCAGAUGCUGGAGCAGAGAUGACUGAGGAGGAGUGGAACCUCCGUGUGGCUGAGCUCAACAAGCACCAGGAAACAGUUGAGAAGAUGAAGGCCAGCACAAAGGAGGUCUAAGUCAGGAUGCAAUGAAGGAGAGGAUGUACGCCAUCAACCCCUUCUUCCAUUACUUGAUUUGCCUUGUGGCUACGUGUUACUAAACUGACUUUUUCAUGUUUCUCUGCUAUGUUAAUUAUUAUACUUUUUUUUUUUUUUUUUUACAGUGUUUAUGUGUUUGUGUUGAUGUUUGUUAGAUUCGGGGGCAAUCUAAGAGUAUAAUCGGAUUCCCCUGCGUUCAGUACUGUCAUGUUUGAUUGUAUUACUGCGCCCCUACACUAGCCCUGGGGCUAUUUUUACUACAAUCCUUAUAUUUUUUACAGUUAUUAUGAAAAAAAUACUGUCAAGUUGUCACUGUUUUGGGCUGUGGAAGUCACUGUUUGAGAAGGUAGUGAGGUUAGGAGCCUGUUGAAAAGAGGGAGCUGACAGAGCAGAGGGAAAGCUGACUACUUGAUAUCUGGUGCAGUGUGUUUCUCCAUACCUUUGGUCAGCAGAUUGUUUGAAAAUGCUGGGACAAGAGGGUAAAGCUACUAGUGCUUUUGAUUAUGUUGCCCUUUAGAACUGCCACAGUAGGCCAUUACUUGACCAUUGCACUUCACUUUCUUUCUCCUUAGCUUUUUGUAGGCUUUAGUUUACCACAAGGCUGAAAUUUAGUUGUAUCUUACUGCUAAAAGUAAUAAUUUUGCUGCAAAAAAAGAAAGUUAGCUUCUAUGUACAAUAUGUUAUUGGCUUGAGUUGGAACUCACAUUGUUCCUGUGUUACAUUUAGGCAAGUCUCUUUGGUGCUUUUUGAUUCAACAUAUCUGACAGAGACAUAGUAGUCCAGCUUCCGGUGUGAAGCAGCACAACUACACGACACUAACUGAGACUUGAUCUGAAUGUAGCACGGAGAAAUCUGAAACCAAAGUCUUGAUGAAGUAUUUGAAUGAUGUACAAAAAUUCUCCAGGUAAAACAUUACCCUGGACCCAGCAACAACACUAUACCUGUGCUUUCAAAAUCACUCUAACAGAAGGACUAGCCUCACUGUCAGCUAAGGUAGCGUAGAUGCAUCAAUAACUGGGUGCAAGUAAAAUGUGCGUGUGUGUGUGUGUGUGUGUGUGUGUGUGUGCUGUUAAAAUAUGAUGGAGUGUAGUUUGGUUUGUUAAAUGUGUUCAUUUGUUUGAAUCUUGUAUUGAAAUUGGGAGGUUUGACAGUAAAAAAAUUAGUGCCUUAGACCUGCAAACAGUCCAGGUCUCUACCUUUGCCUGCAUGUAGGCUAUCAUGUCACAUGGCAUCGCAAGAAUGAGUGUGCUUUGCUGAUGUUUAGCAGUAAACUAGUGCUUUGUGACUCUAUCCCUGAUAAAUGUCUGUGUGAAAGUUGCAUUGCUAAGUCCUGGCUAAAUCUUUAUAUUCCACUAAGAAUGCUCAGACUGUAAGGAGUAUGUAUGAAUGCCAAUAAAGCCCAUUCACCACAACA